AUCAGUCGAGUGAGGAUCUCCGACACGGCAACAACUGCAGCGCACUCUCUGUCACCAUCUGCCUUCUUCACCGUAUUGCCAGUUCGCAACCAUGGUAAAGUAUGGCGUCGUGCUGCUGUUGUGUGUUGUAUCGUACUCGGCUGAGUCGACUCGGUGUACCGAUGUCUCCCUCCUAUGGAGAAUACCAAACCGCAACGCCGCCGCCUUGUUACACGACAACAACAUACACAACAGUCGGUUACUGCACCUCCAAGUACUACACCACUUAGGCACCGGAGUUUUAUGCCACAACUUAAGCUGCUCCGAGCCACUACACUGACGACGUGAAGUAUUACUCUGCCCCGAGUUACUAAACCACCAAGGCGACGGAGUAUGACUAUGCAUGCUGCCCCUACUACAUCGAGGCUCCUAACUGCUACACCGAGGCUCCCGCUGAUUACUCCACCGAGGCUCCCGCUGAUUACUCCACCGAGGCUCCCGCUGAUUACUCCACCGAGGCUCCCGCUGAUUACUCCACCGAGGCUCCCGCUGAUUACUCCACCGAGGCUCCCGCUGAUUACUCCACCGAGGCUCCCGCUGAUUACUCCACCGAGGCUCCCGCUGAUUACUCCACCGAGGCUCCCGCUGAUUACUCCACCGAGGCUCCCGCUGAUUAUUCCACCGAAGAGGCAAAGUACUACUCUGCCCCGAUCUACACAACCACAACUGAGGCGGCCAAGUAUUACGCUGUCCCGACGUACUACACAGAAGCUGCUCUUUCGUGCUACGUUGAACCGAAAUACUACACUGAUGCUCCAGUUCACUACACCAUGACCUACGCUACACCGCAGCCCCCAAGUACUACAGCGAAGAAGCCGCCUAUUACGCAACAACGUAUGCUGCUCCUGCCUACUACACUGAGGCCCCGCAUUACUACAGCAAUGAAUCGCUCAAUUACUAUACUACAACGGGUACAACCUAAGCUGCCCCGAGCUACUGCUCCUACGUCCCGAAGUAUUACUGUGCGUAAAAGGAGUCGUCUAAAAAAAAGAAGUCGUGCCCGAACUGCAGUGCCCUGUCUGUCACCAACUGCAUUCCUCAUCGUGUAACCGAUUCGCAAUUAUGGUCAUCUAUAGCGUCGUGUUCCUGUUGGGUGUUGUAUCGUUGAUGGCUGGAUCGACCGCUGGUGUAGCGAUGUCUUCUUGGUAUGGCGGAUAUCAAACCAUAACGCCGCCGCCUUCCUACAUAACUUACGCAACGACGAGUUCCUGCACCGAGGUCUUCAAGUACUACACCACUAAAGCACCGGAGUUUGAUACCACAACUUACGCUGCCCCGAGCCACUACACGGACACCCUGAAGUAUUACUCUGCCCCGAGUUACUACACCACCAAGGCCACGGAGUACUACAUGACAGCGCAUGCCGCCCCAUCCGACUACACCGAGGCUCCCAACUGCUACACCGAGGCUCCUGCUGAUAACUCCACCAAAACAAUCGAAUACUACACCGAAGCGGCAAAGUACUACUCUGCCCGGAGAUACUCAACCAGAACUGAGGCGGCCAAGGAUUACGCAGUCACGACUUGCCACACGAAAGCUGCUCUUUCGUGCUACGUUGAACUGAAAUACUACACUGAUGCUCCAGUCUACUACACCACGACCUACGCUACACCUAGCUACAACACCGCAGCCGCCAAGUACUACACCGAAGGAGCCGCCUAUUACACAACCACGUACGCUGCCUGGUAUUCUACAUUGAGGAAUUUAAGUAUUAUCCACUACCAUCUGAAGUUCAUAUGUAUUACACCAGCAAUUCUCCUGACUGUCACCACUACUCAUGUUGCUCCUACCUAUACAUCGAAGUUCUGAAGUAUAUCAUUGAAUGUGUUGAAAUAUUGCUGAAAUACAAAAUUGAUCGAUAAA